AUGUCGCUCAACAUCCCCAACGCCCCCAACGCGGGCCUCUUUAAGCAGGGCUACAACAACUACGACUCGGAAGAUGGCGCCGUCCUGCGCAACAUCGAUGCCUGCAGGGCCAUCGCCUCUACUGUCCAGACCUCGCUCGGUCCCUACGGUCGCAACAAGGUCGUCAUCAACCACCUUCAGAAGAUGAUCCUCACCUCGGACGCCGCCACCAUCCUCCGCGAACUCGACGUCGUCCACCCCGCCGCCAAGCUCCUCGUCAUGGCCAGUCAGCAACAAGAGGCCGAGAUGGGUGAUGCCACCAACCUGGUCAUCGUCCUCGCCGGCGAGCUGCUCCGGAAAGCGGAGGACCUGCUGCGCAUGGGUCUCAAGACGUCUGAUAUCGUCAUCGGCUACGAGAAGGCUCAGAAGUUUGCCCUCGAGACGCUUGAGGAGCUCUCGGUCGACAAUGUGGAGGAUAUCCGGGAUCAGGAGGAGCUCAGCAAGGCCAUCAGCACCGUCAUCGCCAGCAAGCAGAACGGCAACGAGACCUUCCUCGCUGAUCUUGUCUCGGAGGCUGUCCUCGCUGUGCUCCCCAAGAACCCCGCCAACUUCAACGUCGACAACAUCCGCGUCGUCAAGAUCAUGGGUGGAAGUCUCGAGCAGAGCAGAGUUGUCAAGGGCAUGGUCUUUCCCAAGGAGCCCGAUGGAUCUGUCAAGAAGGCCAGCCGCGCCAAGGUCGGUGUCUUCACCUGCCCCAUCGACGCUGGCCAGACCGAGACCAAGGGUACUGUUCUCCUGCACAACGCCAAGGAGAUGAUGGACUUUACAAAGGGCGAGGAGUCUCAGCUCGAGACCGCCAUCAAGGAGCUUCACGAUUCGGGCCUGCGCGUCGUGGUCUGCGGAGACCGAGUGGGAGACCUGGCCAUGCACUACCUCAACCGUUACGGCAUCCUGUGCAUCCGAAUUCUCAGCAAGUUUGAGCUUCGAAGAGUCUGCCGUGUGGUCGGUGCCACCCCCCUGGCCCGGUUAGGUGCUCCCAUGCCCGACGAGAUGGGAACUAUCGAUGUCGUCGAGACCCUCGAGAUUGGUGGUGACCGCGUCACUGUCUUCCGACAAGAAGAUGAGGUCACCCGGACGGCCACCCUGGUUCUCCGAGGCGCCACCCAGAACCAUCUUGAUGAUAUCGAGCGUGCUGUUGACGACGGUGUCAACGUUGUCAAGGCCAUUACUCGCGAUCCUCGAUUGGUCCCCGGUGCUGGUGCCACAGAGGUUGAGCUGGUUGAGAGGAUACAGGCUCAUGGUGAGACGACUCCUGGUCUUAGCCAGUACGCCAUCAAGAAGUACGGCGAGGCCUUUGAGGUUGUGCCCCGAACCAUCGCCGAGAGUGCCGGUCUGGAUGCCACCGAGGUUCUGAGCCGACUCUAUGCCGCUCACGCUAACAGCGACGACUGGGAUACUGGUGUUGAUAUUGAGAACGAUGAUAACACUGGCACCCUUGACGCCAAGGACGAGGGCAUCCUGGACCUUCUCAUCUCCAAGCAAUGGGCCAUCAAGCUCGCCACCGAAGCCGCUCGCACAGUCCUUUCGGUCGACCAGAUCAUCGUGGCACGACAAGCUGGUGGACCAAAGCCCCCGGGCCCCAACCCUAACUGGGAUGAGGACUAA